AUGCUCAAGUUCGAGCCCCGCGUGCACUGGAGGAACGCCCGUGAAAAGUUCAGGGUCUGGAUUGAUGUAAAGGAUGGUCGUGAGGUGGACACGACGUCGAUCAACAUUCACAAGAAGCCGGAGAACGAGACGCCUGCGUACUUCCUGCAGUGCGUGCAGGCUUAUAUCGCCAAGGGUGGCGACGUCUUUGGCGAGUGGAUCGGUCCCAAGACGACGACGGCGUCGGAAAAAGACAAGUACUUGGAGCAGGCGGUUGAGACGGAGUCCCGCGAGGAGGCGGAGACGCUGCUCAAGACGCAUUUCAAGUCCUGGUGGGUACGUAACCAUGCGAAUUGCCAGGCUUUCUUGAGGACCAAGAAGGGUCCUUCUGCCAAACCCCAUGCGCCUUCCUUUCCUCCCUUACCCUGGAAGGUGCCGAGAAGGUUGCUUCAGUGGCGGCAAAAGAACUUUGACGUGGCCCGGCUUGGUCGUCCGACAUGUCUCGUCAUCGUCGGUCGGCCCCGCUCUGGCAAGACCGAGUGGGCUCUUUCCUUUGGUCGUCCAGCUCACAUGACGGGGUACAUCACCGCCACAGGCAAGUACCGCGAGCAGCGGACCAUUCGCAUGGGUAUACCAGUCAUCUGGACUUGUAAUGAGGACAAUGAUGUUACCAAGGACAAGGAUAUUGGUCAGUAUUUGCUUGAGACAGCCGUGAUUUAUCGUGUGCCAAAGGGGAAGAUGUUGUAUGGGAAGUAG